AAAUGCUGCAUUGCCAAAGGAAUAUAAAUCCCGAGACAUCGAACCUGUUGUCCCCAGUAGACAAACCGAGUAAUUCUAGGUCGAAGAGACGGAAAAUCGAGAGGAAAGCUACAGCCAAAGCGAAAACGAACGAUGACGGACUACGACGAAGGAAGAUACGAGGGCAAUGGAGAAGAACUCGACAACUAUGGUGGCUCUUCCCCUCCACCCAGAGGUAGCAGCCAUGGCGAUUACAGUGAUUCCAAGUCUCAGCACUCGCGAGACUGUGAAAGAGAGUCUUCAAAGAGCAGGGAGAAGGAAAGGGAGAAAGGGCGUGACAAGGAUAGGGAUAGGGAUAGGGAUAGUGGCAGGGACAGAGAUAAAGAUAGGGAAAGGGAUAAGGAGAGGGAUCGAGAUAAAUCUCGUGAUCGUCAUCACAGAGACCGAGACAGAGACAGAGACCGCUACAGGGAACGGAGCGAGAGGAGGGAUAGGGGCAGAGAUAGAGAUGAUGAUGAUUAUCAUCACCACACUCGGGACUAUGAAAGGCGGAGAGAUUAUGACAGGGACAGAGAGGACAGGCAUAAACAUAGUCCUCGAUCUCGCUCCAGGGGUAGAUCGGAGCAUAGAUCAAGAUCGCGAUCUCGUUCACGUUCAAAAAGCAAAAGGAUCAGUGGUUUCGACAUGGCACCUCCUGCUUCUGCAAUUUUAGCUGGUGCUGCGGCUGCAGCUGCUGCUGCUUCUGCUGCUGUUGCAGGUCAGAUCCCUGGGAACGCCCCAGCUAUCCCUGGAAUGUUUCCUAACAUGUUUCCAUUAGCGUCGGGGCAGCAGUUUGGACCUCUUCCUGUUAUGCCAGUCCAGGCAAUGACUCAGCAGGCUACUAGACAUGCUCGACGUGUGUACGUUGGUGGGCUUUCCCCCACUGCAAAUGAACAGUCUGUGGCAACCUUUUUCAGCCAUGUUAUGUCUGCAAUCGGCGGAAACACUGCUGGUCCAGGUGAUGCUGUUGUCAAUGUUUAUAUAAACCAUGAGAAGAAGUUUGCUUUUGUGGAGAUGAGAUCUGUUGAGGAAGCCAGUAAUGCCAUGGCCUUGGAUGGCAUUAUAUUUGAGGGAGCACCAGUUAAGGUGAGGAGACCUAGUGAUUACAACCCCUCACUAGCUGCUACACUUGGGCCGAGCCAGCCCAACCCGAAUCUGAAUCUUGCUGCUGUUGGGUUAACAAUAGGAUCUGCUGGCGGGCUUGAGGGUCCUGAUCGCAUUUUUGUGGGUGGCCUCCCAUAUUAUUUCACAGAGGCACAAAUCAGGGAGCUACUCGAGUCUUUUGGGCCCCUUCGAGGUUUUGAUCUCGUGAAGGACAGAGAAACUGGAAACUCGAAAGGCUAUGCCUUCUGUGUUUACCAGGAUCUAUCAGUUACAGAUAUUGCUUGUGCUGCUCUCAAUGGAAUUAAAAUGGGUGAUAAAACUCUUACUGUUAGGCGUGCUAACCAGGGUACUACCCAACCUAAACCGGAGCAAGAGAGUGUUCUGUUGCAUGCGCAACAACAAAUAGCGUUACAGAGACUUAUGUUACAACCUGUUGCACUGGCCACCAAGGUUUUAUGCUUGACACAAGUGGUUACUGCAGAUGAACUCAAAGAUGAUGAAGACUAUGAAGACAUACUGGAAGAUAUGAGAAUAGAAUGUGGAAAAUUCGGAACCUUAGUGAACAUUAUCAUCCCCCGCCCGAAUCCCAAUGAUGAACCAACCCCGGGGGUUGGGAAGGUGUUCUUGGAAUAUGCUGAUGUUGAGAGUGCCACUAGAGCUCGACAAGGGUUGAAUGGUAGAAAAUUUGGUGGGAAUCAAGUUGUGGCUGUCUUUUAUCCGGAGAACAAAUUCUCAGAGGGGGAGUACGAUGACUAAGUUACUGUCAUCUCAGUUAUUACAACUAGAUGUUAAUUUGUUUCUGUUAGGAUUUUUGAUAUGGAUGGUUUAUAGAGGUCUAUUUGCAGACAAUUAGUGGAUUGUAUUUUAUGUUUUGAGGAAAAAUUACUUCCUAUUUUCCCUUGUUUUGUCAGACUUGGUAUUGUUAGACAUUAAUUUCAGUGCCAGAUGCCAAAUUGAGGGGAAAGAAGAAAUGAACAUUAAUUCCGUAGAUUUAUUAGGGGACCAGUAAAGCAGGCUGGAAAUGCAAUUUCUAAAGAGCUAAAACUGUUUGUUUUUGUCAUCGGA